AUGAUUGAUGUAGCUGGUAUGACAGAUGAAUUGCUCAAUAAAGAAGCAGAUGCAAAGACUACUUUGUUAAAAGCUAGUCAGUUGCACGGCAAGCUGUGGGCAAAGAAGAUCACCACUUUGAGAAAGGAGGAUGGUGCAUGGGUCUCUAACCAAAGUGCCAUUGCUUCUUAUAUUUCUGAAUUUUAUCAGAGAUUUCACAAGGCUUCUGAAACCGUUGUUCACAAUGACUUGUUAGAAAAUAUUCCAAGAGUGUUGGAAGAGGAUAAUGUGGCAGUUCUGGAGUCUGUUCUGAGCAGGGAUGAAAUCAAGCAGGCGGUGUGGGACUUGGACCCAGCUAGCUUGCCAGGUCCAGAUGGCUUUCCUGGCAGUUUCUUUCAUAAAUGCUGGCCUAUAGUUGUGGACAAUUUUUGCAAGGCUGUUAAAAUUUUUUUUGAUGCUGGUCAACUUCCUAAAGGGAUCAAUGAUUGUUUUAUAUCUCUCAUUCCUAAGGUUGAAGGGGCAGCAUCCCUUGAUAGGAUCUGUCCCAUAUGUAUGGAGAACUUUUUCUGCAAGGUGUUUGUGCUUGCAAAUGGAGGUCCUGUGGGUUUUUUUGAGGUGGGUCGUGGUCUUCGCCAAGAUAGCUGGUUGGGAAAUAAAUCUAUUGCAGAGCUUGCUGAUCUGCAACUGGGUCUUUCCUAUUCUCUACAGGCAAGGGUCUCAGAUUUCAUUAGACAAGGUUCGCUUCUAUCCGUGAUGGAUCUUUCAAAUGCUAAGAGAUUGGGUUUUUCAGGUGUAAGUCAUAGGCACCAUGAAAAUUUUGAAAUAUAUUGGUUGCCCUCUCAAUUAGGCUGGGCUAAACUUAACACCAAUGGAUGUUCAAUUGGUAACCCAGGAAAUUCUGGUGCAGGGGGUGUUCUAAGAAAUGAGAAGGCCGAAGUGGUGGGACACUUUCGUAAUUUCCUAGGAACUCGAACAAAUCUUGAAGCUGAAUUCCUGGCUAUAAUGAUUGGCCUUGAGGUGGCGCAACAACUGGGCAUCCCCCGCCUUUGGACUGAAUGUGAUUCGACUGCAGUGGUUAUUCUUUUCUAA